AUGCAUGUCAGCCAGGACUCUGUGGAAAGGCACCUGGUUCAGUUGGACAAAGCUCUAGCAGCUCUAGCAGCGAAGAAAGCGCACCCCUCGCUCUUUAAUCCCGGCGUUCGCGAGAAGGCCUUGAAGCGUUCCCUCGCGCGAGCGCUUGGGGAGGCGCGAAACCAAGCGAGCCAGAGCCGUCUUACUGCGGCCGCACCACUUGCGGAGGUUGCCCAAGUGGCCGCUGGCUCAGCGCUGGUGUUCCUUCGGAGGCCCGACUCCCUCUUCCUAGAAGUCCCCAUGCUGGAGGAGGCCCUUGAACCUGACAUGGAACCGCCGGCAGCCAACCCAAGCGAUGAGCAGGGCGACAUCUUCGCCUCGCUACCGGUGGCGAAAGCCCAGCCACUGGAAGGUGGCACAGCUGGCAAUGCUGUCAAGGACGUGCUCCUCCGCUGUCUGCCGGCCUUCCGUCUGGGUGUCACUGCCGAGACUCUGAGCCACAUCCUUCGGCUUUCGGAGGCACCGGCUUUUUUCACGAUGAGCCACAAAGAAAAAGCCUUCGAGGUUUCUGUUCAGUCCAUUGCAGACACGAUUGUUGCAGAAUGGCUCAAGCAGCCUGACAGCCCCUUGCUGCGUGCGUCGUGCGUAGGCUUGGGAUGCGCUAUGGACAUCGAUCACGAUGACAAGGGCAUCGUCAUCGCGAUUGUCGUCUGA